AUGGAUCGCCGGAGCAGCCGCGGAGCUGCCCAAGCGCGCUGGAGGGCUGCGGCCGCGCUGGCGCAGUCGAGGGCGCCGGGCCAGCGCUUUUCUGCCCCUCUGCCGGAGCGGCCGCUCUGCAAGCGCUUCGCGCUGCCGGAGGGGUGCCCCUUCAAAGAGGACUGCACUCACUUGCACACGGUGGACGGCAUCACAGACAUCCGCGAGCCUUCGGCAGCCUCGGAGGAGUCCGCGCGGAAGCCGCGGGUGUACUUCCAUAAGAUGGAAGACCGGAAGGUGGGCAGGGGCUCCAUCUCAUUGAUUUUUCGGACCUUGGCCACCGGGGACUUCCAGAGAGCCGAGGGUGUGGAGGUCUGCGACCUGCUGCUGAGCAAUGCCUUCCCGCCCCCAGGCCUGCUGCGAAAGCUGCCGAGGAACUGCACCGUGAACCACUUCCCUGGGGAGCACGAGCUUUGCGCGAAAGACCGGAUGGCGCGGCUGCUGCGGGGCCAGCCGUUUCUGCCGCCCAGCUUCGUCCUGCCGGAGGAGCUGGGCCUUUGGACGGCCGCCCGGGAGCAAACGCCGGACUGGAUCCUGAAGCCCUGCCAGCUGGGCGAGGGCCGCCACAUCCACAUCCUGGGCCCCGAGGGAGCCGCUCCGAUGCUUUCGGCGGUGGCGUCGAAGUACCUGGCGGAGCCCUUGCUGGUGGAGGGGCGCAAGGUUGACCUCCGGCUCUAUGUGCUGGUCACCCGCCUGGAGCCCCUGGAGGCCUUCGUCUUCCGCGAGGGCCUCGUGCGAUUCUGCGGCCCAAACUACGCGGCCGCCGGGUACGAGGACCUGGGCGCUCACAUCAGCAACAACGCGGUGCAGAGCAAAGGCCUACGCCACGCCGCGGGGCAGAACUGGACGCUGCAGCAGCUUUGGGAGCACUUGGAUGCGGAGCCUCGCGCGGAGGCGCAGCUGUCGCCUGGGCUGCUUUGGCCACGGCUGCUGCGCCUGGUGCGCGACGCCCUCGCGCUCUGGCGCCCCACGGCGCUGCGCUACGCCCGCGCGGCGGCGGAGGUCCGGGAGCUGCGAUGCUACAGCCUCCUCGCCUUCGAUGUGUUGGUGGACCGCAGAGGCGGGUGUUGGCUGCUGGAGGUGAAUUCCAAGCCGGCGCUGCACGCCCAGAGCCCCUCUUUGAAGGCCAUCUUCCCAGUGCACUUUGCGGUGAAGUCUGCCCUCCUGGCGGACCUCUUCUCGCUGGUGGGCCUCCCACGGUACCACGGCGAGGAGGCAGAGGCCGACGGAGACGAAGCCUGGGGCUUCGAGCGCCUGCGCUUUGGCCCGCAGCCGCUGUGGCUGGCUGCCAACUGGGGUGCCCUCCGCGGCUUUGUUGACACCACGGCCCUUGCCAUGGUCGCCGCAGCCUGCUGGGACGCGGAGCCACGGCUCAUCCCGGAGCCGGAGGUGAUGAGCCGCGAGGUGAAGGCGCAGCCUGUGCCCGCCGGCAUCCACAAGAAUUCCUUGAGCAAGGUGGAGGAGCAGAGGAAGAAGAAGCUGGAGGAGGAAAAGGCCAGAGUGCAGUCCAAGUACACCGAGUCGGAUCACUUCAGUCUGGAGACUGGGGCCCGUCGUGAUCAUGAAGCAGAGAUGGAGCUCCUGAAAAAGAAGGUUGAGGAAGAGCAGAUGGCCGAGUGCACCUUCAACCCCAAGACCUCGAAGAAGGUUGUGGCCCCGGACGACGCCACUGUGAGGCACAAUGUUGCUUCAGUACUCCGGGAGGAUGCACUGCUCAAGCAGAAGCAAGCCAAGGAGUACCAGAUCCUGAAGCGCUACGAGGAGGACCUCCACGACGCCUCGCAGUUCCACUCCUGGCAGGAGAAGAUGAAGGAGAAGGAUCACCUGGAGGAGGAGGCCAGGGUGCGGCAGCGCAUCAUGGAGAUGCAGCUGGCGCGGGAGAGCGCGAUGGAGUCCUUCGACUCGGCGGUGCGGAGGAAGCACAUCGUGGCGGAGCACCAGCGGGAGGACACCGGCUGA